AUGAAGCUCGCCGCCGCUCUCCUCCUUGCCGUCCCCGCCAUCGCUGGUCGAUGCGGAACCCAGGCUGCCCACUCCGCCCACGCUAGCUACGUGGCUCAGUCUGUCCAGUCUGCCCAGGCUGCCCAGUCUGCCACCUCGGCCGCUGUCGAGGUCCCUGCUGCCUCGUCGGCCGCUGUCGAGUCUGUCGUCUCGGCCGACUCGACUGUCGUCGCCGUCCCCGUGACCGUCGCCGCUUCGAGCGCCGCCGAGGUCACCGAGUCUGCCGCUGCCACCGACUCCGCUGUUGACCCCGUCGUCGAGUCGGCUUCGGCCACUGCCGAGGCCGCUGCCACCUCGUCUGUCGCCGCCUACAACAACUGGGCCUCUGCUCAGGCCUCGUCGUCGUCCUCGGCCGCCCAGGCUCAGGCCACCUCUGUCUCGACCACCCAGGCCGCCGAGGCCACCUCCGAGGCCACCACCCAGGCUCAGGCCCAGGUCAGCUCCGAGUCGACUGCCCAGGCGUCCACGACCGCCUCGUCGGCCGCCGCGGCCUCCACCUCGUCCAUCUGGGACUACCUUAGCACCGUGUCGUACUCGGGCACCUCGACCUUUUACGGCGGCAACCUGAACGGCGGCGCGUGCUCGUUCACCACCCUCUCGACCCUCCCCUCGGGUAUCUACGGCACUGCCUACUCUGGUGCCGUCUGGGACAACGCCGCCGAGUGUGGCGCCUGUAUCGAGGUCACCGGCCCCACCGGUGCCACCAUCAAGGCCAUGGUCGUCGACGAGUGCCCCGAGUGCGAGCAGGGCCACCUUGACCUGUUCCCCGACGCGUUCACCGCUGUCGGCGGCACCGACGGCACCGUGACCACCUCGUACCGCUUCGUCGAGUGUGGCCUCACCUCGCCCAUCACCCUGCACAACAAGGAGGGAACGUCGCAGUACUGGUUCGCCAUGCAGGUCGUCAACGCCAACGAGCCCGUCUCGACCCUCGAGGUGUCCGUCGACGGCGGCAGCACCUGGACCGCCGCCACCCGCACCACUUACAACUACUUUGAGUACUCGGCCGGCUUUGGCUCUGCCUCGAUGGACAUUCGCGUCACCUCCAUCACUGGCGCUACCAUCACCUACGAGGGUGCCACCCCGGACGCCGAGGCCCAGUUCACUGCCUCGUCCAACUUCUAA